AUGACCGAAAUCGAUAUCGACAGCGAAGAGUCUUUCAUGUCCGACGGUGAUUAUUCCGGCUCCACCGCCACCAGUGUUGAGGAGGACAAGGGCGUGGCGAUUGGCAGCGACAACAAGCGCCACACGGUGGAGAAUGGCGUGGGCACACAAACAGCAACACGCCCGACGUCGUCCAUAGCGUCGCGACGAAGCUCGGCGUCCAUCAACGGAGUUCCGCUUCUGGGCCAGACCAAGCAGGAUGUGGCUUCCGAGGUGGCUCGACGGAUCAGAGAAAUCUCCCAGAGCAUGGACAAUGGACCCAAGUAUGUGGCCAAGCCUGAGCCGCGCAAACUGUCGCUCAAGAAGCGAUGGCGAGACUCGUUUUACGGAGGGUCUUCGCACGAGAGCUCCCCCACCGCUCCCACACACACGCCCGGGUCUCGGACAUCCAUAAUCAUCUCGACUCCGACGCUCAAACAGGGCUCCAAGAGCUCGGCCCUCGAGAUUUCUAAACCCAUCUCCCGAGCCAACAGUGUCACGGCGCCCGUGAAACGACAGGCCACCAACCCCUCCCCACAGAGAAACUCGUUCCAUGGAGACUGCCCUCCUCCUUCCUCUGCACAGAGCGACCAUGGAGGACUGGUACGUAACCCCAGUGUCAAGUACGGCGGCAGACGAAUCAGUGGACCCAUUGAAGUCAACGGAACCCCCGACUUUCAAACAGUUCCCCUCUCCCAGUACAACCACAACAAUCCCAGCGUCACAUCUCUGCAGCUCUCCUCUUGUCAUACCCCUGCUACUACAUCGGAUGGUGUUGUGGAAACCAUCGAAAUGACGUCCCAGGCGUCCCACUUCCACUCAAUGCGUCGCAAAUCCGACGGAGCGCUUCUCAACACCAUCACCAACCAUGCCAACGGACGCUCCAACUCUCUCAACGCCACAUCAGCCAAUGUGACCCUGGAAAACCCGCCACCGGUCAGCUCCAUGCUGCUUCCUGCUGGCGCAGGGAGCCUCAGUCGCAAACCCAGCUCGCUGUCGGGCUCCGCUGUUUCUGCCAACCACAAACUGUCUGUGCAGAAAUCGUCGCCUCAACUCAAACACAAACACUCGCCCAACAUGAGUAUAGACGAGACGACAAUGGAGCCUGGACUGGCGCUUGAGCUCGAGCGUCGCAAGGUCAUGGAGCUCAAGCGGAUCGCCACUAACCAGAACGUCGAGAAGCUGCAGCUGGUCAAACAGGCCGAACGAGACCGGCUGCUGUUUGAAGAGACAGAGAAGCUGUUGGAGGGGCAGCGUAAUGAGGUUUCCCGGCUGGUCCAGGAACUGGAGCGUGUGGAAAAACUGCGCAAGGAGGACAAGGAGGGCCAUCUCGAGGUCAUUGACUCGCUGCAGAGAGCAGUCGGGAGUAACAAGGUGCAGGCCAUGGGUGUUACGCGGAAGGUAGUUAAGGAAGGUGAUAAUGAGAGUGUCGAGGCGGCUGCGGAUGUUCAAGAUGAGGACCGGGAUGUUGUCAUGGAAACCGAGACGGUCACUGCACCCACCAAGGACGAGGUUGCAGAGUCAAUUGCCAUGGCGACCGCGGCCAUGGAGCGAACCACCGCGGCCGAGGCUGCCAUUGUGCAUCUUGAGUCCGAAAUCAACCACUUGCGACUCCACCGAGACUCGCUCAGAGACGCCCUUACUUCUCUGCGAAAGUCCUCCGACAUUGAAAUCAAGUCGUACCGAGACCAGUGCAUGCGGCUGGAGAAGCGUCUGGCUGAGCUGGAGGGCGACAAGAAGACUGCUGUGGCUUCUCAGAGCAAGAAUGCCUCUGCCCCCAACUCUCUGGGUCUAAAGCGGCUGUCAUCCAGUUCUGCUCUUGGCAAAUCUUCGUUGUUUAUUCGAAACGAGCUGUACCAAGAGCUAUUUGAUCGAGACGCCGAUGUUGUGCGAAAGAUCCACGAGAACAUUGAGGAGGAGGAGGAGGGACGAAUGAGCCAGGUUCCCGAGAACGAUUCAGCCCAUGAACGGCGAGGCGUUCCGCGGUUUAUCACCGUGGUUGAGGAGGAGUAG